AUGUUCCAGCCUCAUCCGGACGAGACAUUUCAUUUGCGUCUUCAUAGGGCGCGAUCCGUCGUUCUGACAACCCAAGAACUCGUUGAAAUCAGAGCGGCUCAGCGUACCUUUGAAGGUGCAUACGUUCGCACAGCCCUCGGUCAAUUCUCAUUCGCCCUCAUCAUUCUCAAAGUCUUCACUGAAGAGUUCUACGCCAUAGGCGCUCUAUUCGCUGUGUAUGGAGUCGCUGUCAUGCUAGUUGCCAUCUACCGUCGGUACGAGGGCCAGAACCAAUUCUUCACAUCAGAAAGUGCCGAUGGGUCUUUGAAGAGGAAGUUCAGGACGAGUGGGAACAUGGUACAGACACUGAAGGGACGUCUCCUUCUCACCUUAGACACACCCAUGGAUCCUCAGCAGUUCACCAUGCUCGACGAAUGGACUUAUGGGCAACACCAGAAACAAUCGGUGUCUGAUUGGAACUGA